GCAUGCUUGUCGAGCUGCCGGAGGAAGCGACCCAUGAGGAGAGGGUUGCUUCUGCUAAGGAAAUGGAGCAUGACUUCCUGUGCAAGAACUACAUCCUCAACGGCCUGGCAGACGAUCUCUAUGACUACUAUGCGGAAGCAAUAACACCGCAAUGAUGAUCUGGGAUGCGCUCCAAAAGAAGUACGAUACGGAGGAGGCUAGAGCUAAGAAGUAUGCUGUCAGCCGUUACCUGCGCUACCAGAUGGUGGAUGACAAGUCCAUCGAAGUUCAGUCCCACGAAGUUCAGAAAAUAGCUCAUGAGAUCGUCUCCGAAGGAGUCCGCUCGUUUCGUACUAAUCCAACCGAGAGGGCUUCGAUUCAGGGGGGUUUUCUCGAUCUACCUCCUCCUGCUCUCGGUUUACUCUUUGAUUUGGACGAGGAGGAGAAGGGAGCAGCGGGGUUAGGGGGGAGGAAGAAUCGUCGUCGGCAGGGAUCUUUGGCGACGACUAUUUGAGGAAAAGGCCGGAUCUGGGUAAGGGUCUCCGAAACUCAGCUUAGUGUGAUUAGAGAGUUUGAACUGAAAUUAAAUGGACUUAUGAGAUUUUUAACAUAACUAUCGGGUCUGAUUCCCAAUAAAACUGGUUAUGUAUGAGUUGGAAUGUUUCUUAAGUGAUUUUUACGAACUUGACUUAGUAUGGUAAUGGCUGGAGGGUAAAAGGUGGAAGGUAUGAAUCUAUAUGAUUAUCAUGAAGUUUCUGAUCUAACGGGUUUCAAAACAAAAUUAGAUUCUGAGUUUUUGAUAGAAAAUAAGGUUAAAUUAGAUUGAGCUUGUGAUGAUAUGUAUGAUUUUCAUUGCGUUUUGGUUUAAAGCUUAAAAUUCAUGGAUUGGCUUCCACCUAAUCUAAGUAGUAAAAUGGAUAUUUGAGAAAUGAAAAUAUAGAUGUCUACUUUUAGCCUCUAUGAAUCGCCGCCACUAUUUGCGAUUCUUAUUGAACUACGAUUGGUGGUUGAUUUGUGGUUUUUGUUGGAUCUGAACCCAAAAUAAACUAUACGAUUCAAAAAUAAAAAAAAAGGCUUUAGGUUAUUUCAAUGAACCUGUCGGUUUUGGUGGUGUUCUACUAUUUGGGUUUGGUUUUGGUAUGAUGGGUAUGGACUUUCUAUGCGUUUUUGGUUAUGGUACGAUGGAUUUGGAAUUGGUAUGCAUUUAUAGAGUUUGGUAUCAGUUAUGUUUCUUUGUAAAUAAAGGGAGAUACAUGGUACAAAUGGUAGUUCUAGAGGAAAAGCGAUUAACCACUAAAAUAACCACCAUAGAUAGAAAGCGCUUAAAUAAAUUUAAGCAUGAUCUGAAUAUGUAGUGACUAUAAUCGAUACUAGUAGAUGGAAAGCAACGAUAACAAGCUUUCGAACAUAAACCGCUUGAAUGAAAAUGAGUAAACAGAUCAGCUAGUACAACAACUUGACACUAAAGAUGUAAUUGGAAAGAAAGGAAUCCAAGUAUGAAGCAAAUUCCAUUAAGUAAAGACUAGUAGUCACUAACCUGGUGCAGUUCUUGCUCGAGUAUAGUCCCUUGCUUCUGUAAUCUCCCCUUCUCCCAAAGCAAAGAAAAAUUCGUGUAUCAAUCCCUCCUUAUCCAGUAAUUUUUUUCUGUGUUUUUCUUCUCCAAUCCGUCCUCCCUCAACAAAGAGCCCCAAGAGCUCAUUUAUAGCAAACCAAACCGCCACUUGUCACUAUUUGAUUCGUCCAAUUUUUUAAUAUGACUUUGAAGAGUGUGCCUGGUCGGUUGUAGAUAGGAUUUGGUUAGACCAAAUUGGUCUGGGUCGGAUUGUUGGGCUGGUCUCUGGAUCGAACCAGUUGGCCGAGUUGGGCCUGUCGGGUUUGGGCCGAUUUGGGUCCGAUCUGAUUUGUGUUUGGGCUUGAAAAGAAACUGGCUUUAUACUUCUUGGACUUGAAAUACUUUGGUUUGGGCUUAAAUUGUGGACCUGGUGUAUGGGUUUGAGAACUGACUAGUUCUUCUUUUCUAUUGCAGGUCCACGGUUUAUAAAGGAGUCGUCUUUUA